UAACUGGUUGCCAACAUCACAGAUGUGACACAUACAUGUGUCCUUUUAAUUUGGACAAACUGGAAGACGAUCAAAUAAGUGGGGGGCAAUGUGUCAAAAAGUUUGUGCGUGAAAUCCCGUGACGUUUAUUGGUUGAUGAACAGUUGUUAUAUAGAGAAAGAAACGAAAGGGUGUUUUCAUUAGCAGCUGAGUGAUUAUUUCAGCUUUGUUUCCCCUAUGGUGGAACUAGUUCCUAUAUUUACAUCAAGGCAUAUACUCAUUUCAGUCACUCUCUUCUGUGUCUUCCGCAAGUGCUUGUUAGGGAAGUGAAAAUUAUCUCCCACUAUAGAGAUAUCAACCUGUUGAACUUCUGAUUAAUCUAGCUGACAUCUGUGCGUUCUUUCGACAGUUAAUCGAUAUCGAAGGGUUAAAAGUUGACAAAGUGUAUAAAAUUGUUAAAUAUGAAGUUGUACGCGCUGAAUAUCCUUUAUAAAGGACCAAACGGUGCGGUUUGGCUGAAAACAUCAUACGAGCUGGCCAGCUUCAGUUACUUUCAGAGAAGCAGCAUUCAAGAGUUUAUGGCGUUUGCGAGUAAAACUAUAGUUGAGAGGACACACACGCCAGCUAGGCAGUCGGUUCGUGAGAAAGAAUACAUGUGCCACGUCUACGUUCGUGCGGAUAACCUGGCUGGUGUGCUGAUCUCAGACCAAGAGUACCCGCAUCGCGUAGCGCACACGCUCAUCACAAAGGUGCUGGAUGAAUUCGCCACAAAGAUUCCUGCUUCGUCAUGGCCGACGGCGGAUGAACAGGCAGUGGCAUUCCCACAGAUAAACACGUACCUGGCACGCUACCAGAACCCUCGUGAGGCAGACCCGAUGACAAAAAUUCAGGAGGAGCUGGACGAGACAAAGAUCAUUCUGCACAACACAAUUGAAGCGGUGCUGCAGCGCGGGGAGAAACUGGACGACCUGGUCGCCAAGUCGGAGGGGCUGAGCAUCCAGAGCAAGGCGUUCUACAAGACGGCGCGCAAGACCAACUCCUGCUGCAGCUUCGGCUAGGCGGGGCGCGCUCGGCUGUGGCGCGCCACACGGACUUCGGGAAGGCUGCACCGGGGGCGGAGGCGUGCCGCUGUCUGUCCCUGCCGGUGCACCCGCUCCUCCAUCCUCCCCUUUCCCCCAUGUAACGGAAGCGAAUCUGCCACUGGCACGAUUUGCGAAAGCGACUCAAAAGCUGUGAGUGGAGAGUCGCGACAUUGAUAAUGUGCUGACAUUUGCCCCCAUUGAGAGAUGUCUGUCCCCCCCCCCC